CGCCGCCGCCAUGGAGACCCCCGGCCAGAAGCGCAGCACCCGCAGCGGCGCCGCCGCCGCCGGCUCCACGCCGCUCUCGCCCGCCCGCAUCACGCGCCUGCAGGAGAAGGAGGACCUGCAGGAGCUGAACGACCGCCUGGCCGUCUACAUCGACAAGGUGCGCUCGCUGGAGUCGGAGAACGCCGGGCUGCGGCUGCGCAUCACCGAGUCCGAGGAGGAGGUCAGCCGCGAGGUGACCGGCAUCAAGGCGGCCUACGAGGCCGAGCUGGCCGACGCGCGCAAGACGCUCGACUCGGUGGCCAAGGAGCGCGCGCGCCUCCAGCUGGAGCUCGGCAAGGUCCGCGAGGAGUUCAAGGAGCUCAAGGCCAGGAAUGCCAAGAAGGAAGGAGACCUGCUGGCCGCCCAGGCCCGGCUGAAGGACGUGGAGGCCCUGCUGAACUCCAAGGAGGCCGCCCUCACCACCGCCCUGGGAGAGAAGCGCAACCUGGAGAAUGAAGUCCGCGACCUCAGAGGCCAGCUGGCGAAGCUGGAAGUUGCCUUGGCUGACGUCAAGAAGCAGCUCCAGGACGAAAUGCUGCGGCGGGUGGAUGCGGAGAACAGGCUGCAGACCCUGAAGGAGGAGCUUGACUUCCAGAAGAGCAUCUACAGCGAGGAGCUCCGCGAGACCAAACGCCGCCACGAGACCCGUUUGGUGGAGAUCGACAAUGGCCACCAGCGGGAGUUCGAGAGCAAGCUGGCAGAUGCCCUGCAGGACCUCCGUGGCCAGCAUGAGGCCCAGGUCAAGCACUACAAGGACGAGCUGGAGAAGACGUACGCAGCCAAGCUGGAAAACGCCAAGCAGUCGGCUGAGAGGAACAGCAACAUGGCCGGGGCGGCUCACGAGGAGCUUCAGCAGACCCGCAUCCGCAUCGACAGCUUGUCGGCCCAGCUCAGCCAGCUGCAGAAGCAGCUGGCAGCCAAGGAGGCCAAGCUGCGUGACCUGGAGGACGCCCUGGGCCGGGAGCGCGAGACCAGCCGCCGCAUCCUGGCGGACAAGGAGCGGGAGAUGGCCGAGAUGCGGGCCCGCAUGCAGCAGCAGCUGGACGAGUACCAGGAGCUGCUGGACAUCAAGCUGGCCCUGGACAUGGAGAUCAACGCCUAUCGCAAGCUGCUGGAGGGCGAGGAGGAGAGGUUGCGCCUCUCCCCCAGCCCCUCCUCGCAGAAGAGCGGCACGCGGAUCCGCGUGUCCCACUCCACCUCGCAGGGCUCUGCCAAGAAGAGGAAGCUGGAGGACGGCGAGAGCCGCACCAGCUUCUCUCAUCACGCUCGGACCAGCGGCCGGGUGGCCGUGGAGGAGGUGGACCUGGAGGGCAAGUUCGUCCGGCUCAGGAACAAGUCCAACGAGGACCAGUCACUGGGAAACUGGCAGAUCAAGCGCCAGAAUGGAGACGAGGCCCCCAUCUGCUACCGGUUCCCCCCCAAGUUCACCUUGAAGGCCGGCCAGCUGGUGACGAUCUGGGCUGCUGGCGCUGGGGUGACCCAUAACCCACCCACGGACAUGGUGUGGAAGAACCAGACUUCGUGGGGCUCCGGCGACAGCUUGCGCACUGCGCUCCUCACCUCCAGCGGAGAGGAGGUGGCCAUGCGGAAGCUGGUGCGCACGGUCAUUGUCAACGAUGACGAUGAAGAGGAUGAGGACGAGGACGGCAUCCACCACCGCCACCAUCACCAUAGCCACUGCAGCACCACCGGGGACCCGGGCGAGUACAACCUGCGUUCCCGCACGGUGCUGUGUGGCACCUGCGGGCAGCCUGCUGAUAAGUCGGCCGGGGGCACAAAUGCCGCAACCACCACCAUGUCCUCCGGGUCCUCCUCCUCCAGCUUGACCAUCACGCGCGGCUAUCGUGCCAGCGGCACCAGCCUCGGGGAGAGCCUGCUGCCUCGCUCCUACAUCCUGGGCAGCUCCAACCCGCGCCAGCAGGGCCCUUCAAACUGCAGCAUCAUGUAAUCUCCCAAUGUCUCCCGCCACGCACUCACUGCCCGCUAUACGAAGCUCUCUGUCCUUUACAUGCGCAGAAAAAAAAAAGAGAAAAGAGGAAAAAAACAUUUUUAAAGAAGUUAUUUUCUACUGCAAGAAUUUAUACUUUAUUAUAUAUAUCUCUAUAUCUAUAUAUCUAUAUAAAUACGCUAAAGAUGCUUCAGGGUUUUUUAAGGGGGGGAAAAAGUCCUUUUUCUAUAACAGAAGUUUAAAAGGAGCCCUGCCAAAGAGUUUAAUUUACUAUUGCCAAAAAAGAAGUCCUAUAAUUUUAAUAUUUCUUCCACUAAGGGGGAGCGUGCAAAUGUGUGUGUGUGCACACGAGAGCGUCUUUGUGUGUGUAGAUAGAUUUCCUUGAAUACCAAAGCUUAGGUCCCUCAGAGUUGAGACCCUCCAGGUUCCUCUUCUCCUUCUAGGUUGAGCUCUAAUUUUUUUGCACUUACUGUCUCCCUGCGAGGAGCGUUGACCACUAACCAGCUACGGUUAACUACCGCCUCCCUCCCCAGCUGUCCGUGCACUUGCGACAAAGGUCCGACUCUUUCGAAGCGCUUCACGCAACGAGUUGACGCUUGUUUACAUUCUGAGAGCGGGUGGGAGGCUUUUUCGUUCUUAACUCAUUUCGGUUUGCAGUUAUCGAUGGGGAUGUGCUGCGUUUAAUCCAACGCCAGUCCAGUCCAGUCCAAACCAGGUUGCUUAAUACCUGCAAUGAAACACUUUAAGAGGUAGGAAUUCGGGGAUUCUUGAAUUAAAUUCCAAAACAUCCUUAAAUCAGGACCUGUUCUGAUUCGGCCCCAUUGCCCGCUGUUCAAAAAACCCAGGUUGUGUUUCUUGUAACAUCCAGCUGGUUCCAUAUAGGAUGCAUGUGUACCUUUGAAACAAAAUCUGAUUUACUCUCCCCCCAAAAAGAAAAAAGCUUAUAUGUUGUCCAAGCCUAUACACAUGAUGCCCCACUCAAUAGUUUUAGGGGGAAGUUUACAGCCACUAUUUGCUUCAAGGGACGUUUAGUAGAAAGCUGGGAAGCGCCUUGCUUUGAAAACGAGCAUUUCCGGUCCCCCUCUGUGAGGAAAGGCAGCUGGCCUUUCGAUGCUUCUGACCCGCUUUGCUUGGGCAGCUACGCUGACCUCCUGCUCAGCCCUACGGAUGGCGUGCCGACGUCAGCCCUGAGGGGUAGGCUCUGUGCUCUUCUUUGUUGGCAAGUGCCUGUGCAUGUCUAGAGUGCCUUGCAAUGGUGGGGGACAUGGAAGUGGCCUGGCAGAAGUGCCUGCGAAGGCUCCCUGGGUCUGGGAGGGAGGCAGGGGGGCGGGGGUCCUGGCUGCCUCAGGGCGACAGAGCUGUGACUUGAGAAAAGUGCCUUCAGCUCUUUGCUGGGAUCAGCUGGGCUUUUAGCCAAAGCAUCAACUCGGGGCGGGG